AGGUGAGUACCUGGAGAAGAUAAUCCCCCUGGUGGUGAAGUUCUGCAACAUAGAUGAUGAUGAGCUGAGGGAGUACUGUAUCCAGGCCUUCGAAUCCUUCGUCAGGAGGUGUCCAAAGGAGGUGUACCCCCACGUUCCCACGGUGAUCAGCAUCUGCCUCAAGUACCUGACCUACGACCCCAACUACAACUAUGAUGACGAGGACGAGGAUGAGAACGCCAUGGACGCAGACGGAGCUGAUGAGGACUACCAAGGAAGUGAUGAUGAGUACAGUGAUGAUGAUGAUAUGAGUUGGAAGGUACGGCGUGCGUCUGCUAAGUGUCUGGACGCGGUGGUGAGCACCAGGCACGAGAUGCUGCUGGAGUUCUACCGCAGCGUGUCCCCCGCGCUGGUGGCGCGCUUCAAGGAGCGCGAGGAAAACGUGAAGGCGGACGUGUUCCACGCGUACCUGUCCCUGCUGAAACAGACCCGCCCCGCGCAGAGCUGGAUGAACGACCCUGACGCCAUGGAGCAGGGAGAGACCCCACUCACCAUGCUGCAGAGCCAGGUCCCUAUGAUCGUCAAGGCCCUCCACAGGCAGCUCAGGGAGAAGAGUGUAAAGACUCGUCAGGGCUGCUUCAACAUGCUGACUGAGCUGGUCACAGUUCUGCCUGGAGCCCUCACUCACCACAUCCCUGUCCUGGUCCCUGGCAUCAUCUUCUCUCUGAACGACAAGUCGAGCUCGUCCAACCUGAAGAUCGAUGCUCUGUCCUGUCUGCACGUGCUCCUGUGUAACCACCCCCCCCAGGCCUUCCACGCCCACAUGCCGGCGCUGGCCCCGCCCGUGGUGGCCUGUGUGGGAGACCCCUUCUACAAGAUCACCUCCGAGGCCCUGCUCGUCACCCAGCAGCUUGUCAAGGUCAUCCGGCCCCUCGGCCAAUCAGGACCCAGCUUCGACGCCGGCCCCUACAUCUCCGACCUGUUCUCCUGCACCAUCCGAAGGCUGCGUGCCGCCGACAUCGACCAGGAAGUCAAGGAGAGGGCCAUUUCCUGCAUGGGCCAGAUCAUCUGUAACCUUGGCGACCGCCUGGGGGCGGACCUGGCGGGAACGCUGCAGAUCUUCCUGGAGCGUCUGAAGAACGAGAUCACACGGCUCACCACGGUCAAGGCUCUCACGCUCAUCGCUGGCUCCCCCCUCAAGAUCGACCUCAGACACAUCCUGGGAGAGGCCCUGCCCAUCCUGGCCUCCUUCCUCAGGAAGAACCAGCGUGCUCUGAAGCUGGGCACCCUGGCAGCGCUGGACAUCCUGGUCCAGAACUACAGCGACAGCGUGACUCCGCCCAUGAUGGAGGCGGUGCUGGCGGAGCUGCCGGCCCUCAUCAGUGAGAGCGACAUGCACGUGUCCCAGAUGGCCAUCAGCUUCCUGACCACGCUGGCCCGCGUGCACCCCUCCUCCCUGACCACCGUCAGCACGGCCAUCCUGCCUGAGCUGCUGCUCCUGGUGCGCUCGCCCCUGCUGCAGGGCGGGGCCCUGGCCGCCAUGCUGCUCUUCUUCCAGGCGCUGGUCUCCACGGGAACGGCUGGGCUGGGCUACAUGGACCUGCUGCGCAUGCUGACGGGCCCGGUGUACGCCCAGAACACGCCCCUCACGCACAAACAGUCGUACUACUCAAUCGCCAAGAGCGUGGCGGCGCUCACCAGGGCGUGUCCCAAGGAGGGGCCGGCCGUUGUGGGCCAGUUCAUCCAGGAUGUGAAGAACUCGCGCUCCACCGACGCCAUCCGCCUGCUGGCUCUGCUGUCGCUGGGCGAGGUGGGGCACCACGUGGACCUGAGCGGCCAGACAGAGCUGCAGGGGGUCAUCCUGGAGGCCUUCUCCUCCACCAGCGAGGAGGUGAAGUCUGCAGCUUCCUACGCCCUGGGGAGCAUCGCCGUGGGCAACCUGCCGGAGUACCUGCCCUUCAUCCUGCAAGAGAUCUCCAGCCAGCCGCGGCGCCAGUACCUGCUGCUGCACUCGCUGAAGGAGGUGAUUGGCUCUGCCAGCGUGGCGGGGCUGCGGCCGUACGUGGAGAGCGUGUGGGUCCUGCUGCUCACGCACAGCGAGGUGCAGGAGGAGGGAACCAGGAACGUGGUGGCAGAGUGUCUGGGAAAACUCACCCUCAUAGACCCUGAAACCCUGCUGCCUCGCCUCAAGGGAUACCUGCUGUCAGGGUCGUCCUAUGCCAGGAGUUCCGUGGUAACAGCAGUCAAAUUCACCAUCUCAGACCACCCACAGACCAUAGACCCCCUGCUGAAGAACUGCAUAGGAGACUUCCUGAAGACGCUGGAGGACCCUGACUUGAACGUUCGGAGGGUUGCCUUGGUAACGUUCAACUCUGCAGCCCAUAAUAAGCCAUCUCUGAUCAGAGACCUGCUGGACACUGUGCUGCCUCACCUGUACAAUGAGACCAAAGUCAGGAAGGAGCUCAUCAGAGAGGUGGAGAUGGGGCCGUUCAAACACACAGUGGAUGAUGGUCUGGACCUGAGGAAGGCAGCGUUUGAGUGCAUGUACACCCUGCUGGACAGCUGCCUGGACCGGCUGGACAUCUUCGAGUUCCUCAACCACGUAGAGGACGGGCUGAAGGACCACUACGACAUCAAGAUGCUGACGUUCCUGAUGCUAGCACGGCUGUCGUCUCUCUGUCCCAGCGCUGUGCUGCAGAGACUGGAUAGACUGGUGGAGCCUCUACGAGCUACCUGCACCACCAAGGUGAAGGCGAACAGCGUUAAGCAGGAGUUUGAGAAGCAGGACGAGCUGAAGCGCUCGGCCAUGCGUGCCGUGGUGGCCCUGCUGGGCAUCCCAGAGGCGGAGAAGAGCCCUCUGAUGGGAGAGUUCCAGUCCCAGAUCAGCUCCAACCCAGAGCUGGCCGCCAUCUUCGACAGCGUGCAGAGAGAUUCCUCCUCCGCCAACAUGGAGUCCAUGGACACCAGCUAGGCCCCGCCCCCCAGCCCCUGAGCCCCGCCCCCAGCCACACCCCUUACACCCCCAGCCCCGCCCCCCGCUCUCUCAACCCUGGGAGUCUCCGUUGUCCCAUGAUGCAUUGCACUGAAUCAGCAGUUUAGAGGAGAGAGAUUGCCCGAGUGGAGACGAAAAGAAUCGAUAAAUAAAAUACAAAUGUUCAAUGACUUUAGAAAGUUACACAAAAAAAAAAAAAUGUGAAAAAAAUGUGAAAGAGAGAAUGAAGAGGAGGAACCCCGAAACUACAGAAGAGUUCUCUGGUAGUUGGAAGCUCACCAUCAUUUUUACCUUUUUUUUGUGUAUCUUUUUUGUUUUUUUUAGAUGACAAGAAGAAUACAUUACUGUUCAUUCCUUUUGUGUUUUCAGUUGGAGUUAUGUGAUUCCAGAAAAUUCCACAGGUACCUCCAUGCCAAUUGGCUACUGAGAUACCGGUGGCACUGAUUGGUGGCAUGCAAAUGAACUGACCAAUAGGAGUGGACUGCCUGAGCUUAACGCGACCAAUGGGAGACGAACUGUUCUGACCUGCCGGAGAGUUCCUAACCAAUAGGAGAGCUGUAGGGUGGCGUGGGGGUAUCCGGUUGGUGGACCAUAAUGUUUUUGUUACUUUGUUUCUAUCUUGUUUCUACUGUGUCCACCUGGUCUGUUGCUAGGCAGAUCUGAGGAGGGAGGGGAUGUGUGACCACAAGUAAUUCCUGUCUCAUCUGAUUGGUCAGGGCUCGGGAGGGGAGUGGCUGUGCUGACCUAUCAGCUGCUGUUCUCUCGUCACCUUUAGUAGCAUGUUACAUUACCAUCAGAAGGAGACACACACACACACACAGCAGGCUCUAUCUGACAUGUUCAGGACGAGUUCUUAAUCUGUCAGCUCCGUACGCAACAUUAAUAAAGGUGUGUGUGGAUGCAGA